UUCCAAUCCCCUCCAUAUCAUGUGAUUCAGGUGUUCCAAUCCCCUCCCAAUCAUGUGAUUCAGGUGUUCCAAUCCCCUCCAUGGACACAGGUGUAUACAAUCAAGCCCCUAGGCAUGCAGACUGCUUCUACAAACAUUGGUGAAAGAAUGGGUCGCUCUCAGGAGCUCAGUGACUCCAAGCGUGGUCCCGUGAUAGGUGGCCACCUGGGCAAUAAGUCCAACAUUUCCUGGCUACUAAAUAUUAAAGUCCAUGUGUGUGGA